AUGAAAAAAUCAUCUGGUUUGAAAGUGGGCCUGCCAGUGCUAGUGCUAGUGUUUGAGGUGGUGCUGCUGGCUCUCUACGCCAUUUUUGUCACGUAUGACGACAACGCAAAUGCUAAACUGCAAAACAAUAACACCAACCCCAUGGAAAACACCAUGUAUCGCGACUACCCCUACUUUGCUGAUGUGCAGGUCAUGAUCUUCAUCGGCUUUGGCUGCCUACUGGCUUUCCUCAGGUUCUACGGCUUCAGUGGGAUGGUCUUCAACUUUCUCACUGCCACCUUUGCCAUCCAGUGGGCAAUUCUAGUGCAAGGCUACUUCCAGUUUUACCACGAUGGCAAAAUUCACCUGGGGGUCAUCAACCUGCUCAACGCCGAGUUUGCCUGUGCCGUGGUGCUCAUCUCCUUUGGAGCCGUGCUUGGGAAGACAAGUCCCGUGCAGCUCCUGGUCAUGGCUUUCCUGGAGAUCCCCAUCUUUGCUGCGACAGAGUGGGCCGUGUUGAAGUACAUAAGGAUCAAUGAUGCAGGGGGGUCCAUUGUCAUCCACCUGUUUGCCUGCUACUUUGGCCUGGGGGUGACGUUCAUGUUGUACCGCCCCAGUCUGAAUAAGGGACACAUGAAAGAGAUCACCAGUUAUCAGUCAGACAUCCUCUCUGUGAUGGGAACAUUAUACCUCUGGGUGUUCUGGCCUUCCUUCAACUCUGCUCUUACCUUCAAAGGGGAUGACCAGCACAGGGCAGUACUCCACACCUUCAUUGGUCUUAGCUCAUCCACCAUGACUGCCUUUGCGCUCUCGGUGGUGUUCAACAAGAGGGGCAAGCUUACCAUGGCUGACAUCCAGAACGUGACGCUGGCCGGUGGCGUGACAGUCGGCGCCUCCGUGGACAUGAUGAUCUACCCGGCAACCGCAUACGCCCUGGGUGUCAUGGGCUGCACCGCCUGUUUCUUUGGAUACCGGUACCUGACGCCGUACCUGGCAAGACACCUGAAGAUCCAAGACCAGUGUGGCAUUCACAAUCUCCACGGGCUCACUGGACUGAUAUCAUGCGUGGCAGGCAUCUGCGCCAUCCUCUUGGCCACCGAAGAGACCUAUGGACCCAGCAUGUACCAAAUCUUUUCUCACCGUGCUCCCCCUGAAGGAGACCCAAAGCUUCUUGAGCUGCAGCAGCUGAUUCCCGGGCUGAAGCCAGGUCUGGGACGGAGUGCCCAGGAGCAAGCCUUUUUCCAAGUGGCGGCUAUCUUGACCACCAUCGUAGUAGCUGGGGUCGGCGGGUUGCUGACCGGCUUUUGCUUAAAGCUGCCCUUCCUUGCUUCCCCGUCUGAUGAGGACUGCUUUGAUGAUGAAUGCUUCUUUGAUAUGCCCUCUGACUUUCACAGCUCAGCAGGGCUCAAGAUCCCCACUGGAUCUGAGGAUAUAACAAAGGUCUGA